UCUCUCUCCCUCCAGCGGUGAAACUCUGAAGCUGUGGCGUGUGUGUGUGUGUGUUUGUAAGUUGUGUUGUUGAGGAAUGGGUGACGAACGAGUCCGGUUUGCAGGCUGUCGUCUCUCAGCCGGUGUUCAUGUUUUUGUAGCCGACGCUCACUGACACGUUCAAGGACUUUCACUUCGCCAUCAGCAGUAACUUUUAAAUUUGGUGCUGCACUUGAGGUACUGUUCGCAAGAUACGGCAUAUGUAAACCACGAAAUGGAUCGUUUAUAUCAAAUCCCUGAUAUGAAUCCCACACACAUCUGACUUCCAUCAACCGUCUAUCAAAAGAGUAGCAAGCAAUUUUUUAAAAGACAACUGUGAAUUAUGACGUCAGACACCGUGCAGGACCCCCUGUUUGUUCAGGAGGGUGAGGAAGGCUACAGAAACCCCACUGAAGUGAAGAUGAGUCAGAUUGUGCUGCCGUGCCAUGCUAACCACUGUGAAGAGCUGAGUGCUGGGCAGCUGCUGAAGUGGAUGGACUCCACAGCCUGCUUGUCUGCUGAGAGACAUGCAGGUUGUUCCUGUAUCACUGCAUCUGUGGACGAUAUCCAUUUUGAACACACCAUAGGGGUGGGAAAGGUAGUCAACAUCAUCGCAAAGGUCAACAGAGCCUUCACAUCCAGCAUGGAGGUGGGUAUAUUGGUGACUUGUGAGGACCUUUACACUGGCAGGCAGUGGAAGGUUUGCCAUGCUUUUGCUACCUUCGUUGCCAGACGAACUGAAGCUGGAAAGGUACAGCUGAAACAGGUGAUUCCUUACACACAAAUGGAGCAGAUGGAGUACAGCCUGGCAGCAGAGCGGAGGAGGAUGCGGCUCAUCCAUGCUGAGAUCAUUACAGACCUACUGAGCAGCAGCACAGCUCAACUGGGAGAAUGCCAGGAGUAUCAGGACGCUGUGCCAGCUGAGCGAACACGAGUGGAGAGUGUGGAGCUCGUCCUACCACCACAUGCCAACCACCAAGUCAGCACCUUCGGAGGCCAGAUCAUGGCCUGGAUGGAGAAUGUGGCUACAAUUGCAGCAAGUCGCUUGUGUAACGCUCACCCCACCCUGAGGAGCAUAGACAUGUUCCACUUUCGUGGCCCGUCUCAUAUUGGUGACCGACUGGUGCUGAAAGCUAUUGUUAACAAUGCCUUCAAGCACAGCAUGGAGGUGGGCGUAUGUGCUGAGGCUUACCAGGGUGGAGAACCUCUGCGCCAUAUAAAUAGUGCUUUUAUGACCUUUGAGGUGCUGGACAGUGACAGGAAACCAAGAACGCUGCCACGGAUACGACCUGAGCCUGUGGAUGGAAAAAGACGUUAUCAAGAAGCUAUUGCCAGAAAGAAGAUUCGCCUCGAUAGGAAAUACAUUAUCUCCUGCAAGCAAACUGAAGUGCCUCUGUCUGUACCCUGGGAUCCAAGUAACCAGAUGUACCUGAGCUACAAUAAUGUAUCAGCACUGAAACUAAUGGAUGCCAGAAACAACUGGGUAUUAACUUCUGAGAAAAACAAGGUCAGGCUGUACACGCUGGAGGAAAACCACAUGCUGUGUUUCAAGGUGGAGAUGCACGUCAGCGUACCAGCAGAGCAGACGUUCCACCUCCUGUCAGACCUGAGGAGGAGAAAGGAGUGGGACCAGCAUUAUGAGGAGUGUGAAGUGAUCAACCAAGCAGAUGAAGAAGACACUCUUUAUCGCGUAGCCACACCGUCUGUCAGUAAAGGGGGCAAAGGCAAGGACUUCAUCUUGCUGGCAUCAAGGAGGAAGCCAUGUGAUGCCAGGGACCCAUACCUUAUUGCUCUGCGUUCUGUCACUUUGCCCACUCACCCUCCCACUGAGGACUAUACCAGGGGAGAGGUACUCUGUGCUGGCUUCACAAUCUGGGAAGAGUCCAGCACUGUCACCAAGAUCACCUACUACAACCAGGCCACACCUGGGGUCCUCCCCUACAUCUCCACAGACAUCGCUGGCCUGUCCUCCAGCUUUUACAGCGCGUUUUCUGCCUGUAGCCACUUCCUGGAGGCCAACAGGGACAGCCUGGCUGCUCUGCCACCAUCUGCACUGGGACACAAUCAGGGCUGUCGUCGUCUCACAGAAGAGGAGCAGUAGCAUCAGUAGGAGGGAUUAGGAUCAUCUCUCUGUCUUCUAGAGUAUCUUGAAUAUCAGCAUGCUGUACCUUUUAGGUAUCAGCCAAAAUAACCCAGUACUUACCCAAACUUCUCCAGUCAAACUAUACCUGCGUUUGAUUCUUUUUGUACCAGAUGUAGAAACAAAUGACAAUUUGUAUGGUUUUGCUUGCAGCCAAUCAACACAAGUGUUGGAUUUAUGUGUGAUUGGGUUGUAGCUGCUAUGGUGAAGUCAAGUGUGGUGUAUUUGAUGGAGUUGGCAGCUGAGCGUGUUGAGAUAUCAAAUGAGGUACUCUGUUGGUGUCAGUGUCAUUUCAAGGGGACUGAUUUUACCUUUGUAAUUUUUUAAAAUAAUAUCCAGUCCUACUGUCUUCACCUCAUUUCCACUCUGUUGUGGAGGACGGAGGAAGUCAUAUCUGGGUGCAGGAUUACGGAUCUUUUUUUGCAACGUAUUUGUAGAUUUUUCCCAGAGUCUUUAAACCUCAGUUUUCACUGUAUGACUUUGUUCAUUCUGGAAAUGAGAGAAAUUCUCUUUAAAAAGGAUUUUUAAAAAUCCACUGUAUAGUUUGUUGUUUUUUUAAGAACUUGCCACAUGUUUUCAGCAAUAUUAAUAGGUAUGAAGUAAGAGUAUGUGUUUCCAAGUUUGUUACAUAGUUCUAAGUAUUUAACACAAUCUCAGCCGUCUGUUUGUCCUGGGACAGCCAUGCUUUUAAUGGUGCUGUCACUCCUUACAGAAACUAACAUGAGGAUGAAACUAAUCUGAGCUGAGACAAUUGAAUCUGCCUCUUUUGAUAUAUUUUCUACCUCCUGAAUAAAAUCUUUAAGCUGUUUGAUUGACACUGAAAAUGUAAGUAAGCUUAGAUGUAUAUUUAGUGCAUAAUGAUGCUGUUUUGUGCAUUUUGUGAUGAAUGGUUUUAAAGGACAUCUCUACUGAUUGCACUGAUUGUAUAACAUGUUGACAUCCAAUGGCUGAGUAUCCCACAUGACAAGCUGUUGUCUUGAUUGAACAAAAACAAUAAAACACAAUAGACGAG